AUGCCAAAACAAAGAGGAUUCCGCCCCCAGGGGUUAAUAGCCCCCAUACAGAGGGUCAAGUACACUGGGCCAACAAUAAAGGAUAAAAUAAACCGAGAAAGCAGGCCAACAUGGGAUGACUUGAAAGACAGAAUUAAGAACCAAGAAGGAUGUAAAAUGUUGGAGGAAUAUGAAAAUGCUAAAUAUAUUGAAGAACUUAACAAGAACAGAGCGGAAAAAAUAAAGCAGCAGGAAAAGAGGUACAUAAAGAAGCUAAAAAAGGAGUAUAAAAAUAAGCGCAGGAAUAAAAGUGACAGUCGAAGUAGGAGCGACGACAGUGCUACUUCCUCAGACGAUGACUUGAAAAAGAAAAAGGAGAAGAAAGGGGAGAGAGAAAAAAAAAAAAAAAAUCACAAACAUUCGACCAGACAUAAGCGAAAGGAGUCCCAUUCUAGUAGCGAAGACGGGCAUUCAAGCGACUCCUCUUCGAGCCAUGAAAAAAAGAAAAGGAAAAAGAAAAGAAGGCGUUCCUCGUCUGAGUCCAGUUCAAGUGACUCUAGUGGCUGUCCGCGCAAAAGGCGAGAAAAAAACGACGGGGUAAAUCCAUAUAAGUUAUCAAGCUUCUUUAAAAUGAAGUGA